AUGCGCAUUGGUUUCCUCGCCGUUUCUCUCCUUGCUGCAGGAAGAGCGGCAGCGGUUAACGAGUUCAAUGUGAACUUCCCAACUUCCUUCUCUUUCAACACGACAACGAAAUUCUUCUGGGGAGAUGGUCAAGGGACGGAUCUUACAGGAUUGCUCGUAGUAGGAGAUACCAAUCCCGCAGUGUCAUACUCACUUCCUCUGGACUCCUCAGCAUGUAAAAAGGCCACCAUCGUCGGCGGAGUGCAGGACUGCGUCCAAUUUGCAAAUAACGGUACUGCAUCAUUUGGCGGGCCCUACGCCGCCAAUCUCGUCCUGGGGAACAAAUACCACCUAGUGCUUCAAUACACAUCCUCGGAUCUAUCCUCAGCAGGAACCUCAAACUCGCCGGUAUUCACGAUGAUCAACCCGAUCGUAUCAGUACCGUCAACUGCGAAGUCCACGUCCUCAAAACCAUCUUCUACUAAGCCGAGCUCAGCAACGCUAUCCAAAGCAAGCUCCUCCAUCGUGCGUCCAUCGAGCUCGGGUCGCCUGAGCAGCAGCCCGACAACGUCUCGAACAUCAAGAGCAACAACAUCCUCAAGUCCUCUGGCAUCGACGACGACAUCCGCCUCUCCACCAGCAUCGUCCACGACACAAGACGGCGAAGGACUUACUCCAGGCGCGAAAGCCGGUAUCGCCAUUGGCGUUCUCGCAAUGUCAGCUCUCGCCUCCGUCGCAGCGUAUUUUCUGUAUCGACGUCGCCGAGCCAGCAAGAAGAAGAAGGAAGAAGAGGCUCGACGCCGGGAUACGACAGGGACUAAUUUCCAAGACAUCGAUAUCCAACUGGGGAGUCCUGUGAGUCGCUAUGAAGGUGGAGCGGGAUGGAAGAAGAAGAGGGGGACGCCACAGGCUGUAGGAAAUGCACCGCAACCGUGGGGUCGGGAGAGUGUAGGGCUGCAAGGACAGGGAACGCCUUUUUGA